UGUGUACUCAUCAGUGCAAAGGGUGCAAAGGUAAUGAUGAACACGCGGGAUAGAAGAGGUUGAAAUAACGGAACUGUUGGGUCGUUGGGUUGAAGCAUCAAGCCGUCUCAUCUGCGUUUCACCAUUUCAUCGAGCUUCUGUUGCUAUGGAGGAAGGGAGAUAGAUGUCGCGGUCUAUACUUUCUUUAUUAUUUAUUAUGUUAUUGUGGUGUCGGACGUCGGAAUUCGAAGCGAGGGAGACAGAAGUGAAGCAACUGUGUUUUCCGUGGUGUUUCCUCACGAAUGUAUUUCACAAUUCUCACGAUGCUUUUUCAACAACGAUAAGAAAUAUCUACCAGUGUUGUUUCCACAUGUGUUUCAAAUUAACUGAAUUGAGAAUAGUUUGUACGUAUCGACGGAGAAAUUGAUCGGAGAGGGAGGUUAAAAUUGUCAGGAUGAUGCUAUGUAAUUACAACUUUUGGGUCAAAUGCCCGAUAGAUCGUUUAUGGGACUUUGGUUAAGUGGAAAAAAAGUACAAAGUUUGUUAGCACUUCUCCGGAGUUAUCUGAAAAAUUUCAUCAUUAUUGAGAUUGAGCAUCGUAGGAUUUUUUGAAACGGGCCUACAGAUCUAUAUUCAGUGUGUUUAUCGAUAAGAAAAUGCAACAGGAAGGAACGCCGAAAUUCCUCAAGUGCCAUCAGGGCAGCGUUCGUGGAGUUGCUUUCAGUCCCAGAGAUCGAUAUCUUUUUUGUUCAGGUGGAUAUGAUGGCAAGGUUAACUUUUACUCUGCUCUGCGAACAGAGUUUCUCAUGUGUUACGAGGUGACACCUUUGACUCAAGCUAAAAAUGUAAAUGCUGUACGUUUCACCUCCGAUGGGUCAAGGGUUCUUGCAGCGACGAAUUCUCGAAGGCUCGUCGUAAUAGAUGUAGAGCGAGGAGAACAAAUGUUGGCAUACGAUAAUUGCACAUUUAGUGGGAGAAACCGCACAGGAUUGGCUACUGAUCCUUCAGGACCAAAUUUAGCGAUAUCUGUAGCACCAAAUGGACGAGGUUUGACUCUUAUAGAUUUGAGGAUGCCUUUGCCAUUGGAUUUAGUUUAUGACCUACACGGCUCAGUUAUAAGAGAUAUAUGUUUUUUACCAUCAUCAUGGCCUUGGCAAAAUUCUAUACUGACUGGAGGAUCUGACGGUACGUGUAAAGUUUCGUCACCUGACGGACGCGUUUUACACGCUUUCCAAACUGGACACACAGUCAACACCGUAUGCGCCACACCUGAACCUUUCAGUAGAACUGACGAGGAUGGUUUUUACAGCUUGAUCAUGAGCGGUGGCGAUCUGGUAUCCGCGUACGUGCCAGAUUCGGGAAUACAGCAGCUUUUAAAAGAGCAACAAGACUUUCCAGUAUGGAAGUUGAGAUACACUUCGAACGGAAGUACUCUUUAUUCCGUGUGCGAUAACGGUAUUUUACGACGUUACAGAAGAUAUCCGGAUCAUCACGAGUAUCUCGGCGAAGUGUAUCGACAUAAAGGUGAUAUUCAAGAUCUCGAUGUUUCUCCGUACGACGAAUAUAUCGUUACGGCUUCCAAAGAUCGUAGCGUCGGCGUACUUCUGCUGGGCUCGCCAAACCACGGUUUCACCGAAUACAUCGAGCUUACAUGAUCCACACUGAAACGCACAAUCCGUCUCCGUACUAUAAAGUUCUAUAAUAAGGGCCUAUCAUUAAUGGUAUUGAAGUUUGCAUCGUCGAAGUUAAUUCUGAUGAAAUUAAUCAAGGCAAGAAAUUAAUUACAUAUGUCGAUUUGUAACUUUUCGCCGAAUGUACAAUUCGCUGUGAUAAAUAUCAUACAAUUUCCAAGAUUAUUCGGUUGGAAUAAAUAACGAUCUGUUGACUGGCUUCAGACGGAACGAUUCGAUUUUUCUUCAGCUUUAUUCGCAGGACCUCAUGAAAACAAAUUUUCAUUUGAUUUGUUUCAAACGUUUUUUUGCUAUCGGAUUUCUUUGUUCAUUGAAACCUAUAUAUAAUAUCGCAAACAAUCUGGUGGAAACGAAAUAAAAUCGAGUCAUAAUAAGAAUCGCAUUUUUCCUUUAGUGCAUGAAUUUUUUGUCGGAAUAGAAGGUACAUGGUUCGGAGAGAAGCUUAAGGCGCCAUUUAAAUCUGAGAAACGAAAAAAACGAGUCUUAAAAGUUCGUUUUCCAUUCUUAUUUGACUUUGAUCUCCCUGUGGUCUUUUAUACCAAUAUCUAUCGUGUGUCAUGGAAUUUUUUUUCUGUAUAUGGGUUUCAGCUUUUUUUUCGGCAAGAAAUAGAUACAAUUGAAAUUGGAAUCUCUCUACUAAUCAGUUCAUUUGAAGCUGUCGGUAACCUGAUGUUCCGCACAAUACUUGUAUAUAAUUCAAAAUGUUUAUUCCAUCAGAAUGUUUUUGCGUUUUAGUUCCCAAUCGUUUGAUAAUAGGAGAAGAAUCGAAUGGCUAUGUUCAAGUUUUUACUAUUUUCACAGCCGAAAUCUGCACUUGAAAGGAAUCGGAAUGAUUACGCAGCUGAAAGGAGUGUAAAAUAAUAAUAAAUUAUAUUCGUUGUAUUAAAACGGUGUAAAUUUCAAUGUCGUCGAUGCUGGAGAAUCGCGAUGCGUUCAAAUUGUUAAUAUUCGUGUAUUAAAGUUGGAACCUAACGUUACUGUUAAAAUACAUAGUACAUUAUCCCUUCAAAAUGUUUGCCUACCUCGACAUUGGGUAUUUCAACAUUGAAAUCGUCAAGCUUGCCUUUUAUUCGUGUAUUAAGGGCGAAGCUUUUCCUUGGGUCGUAAGAGAUUUGUGAAAAAUUGAGGCAUCUCUGGGAUUUCAGAAUUAUUUAUUUUCAAUUAUAUUCGUAUAACUGUAUCUAACUAACUGAUAAAGAAAUUAAUUACACGAAAAGUUUUUUGAAAAAUAACGAGCCAAUUUUUAUCGCAACGUUAGCGACCGAAUUAUUAUUCGUUAUUUUUACAUUUGUUCACAGAAAUUCGAAAAAAUGGAGUUUUUUUUCCAUUUUCUAACAGAAAAGUCAACGCCACGUUGACAAAGUUCCUACGGCAUUCAAGAAAAGUUUCCUAACGAAAGUCUAUUAGAGAAUUCCUGAAAAAUUCCAACCUAAAGGGAACAUUCCGGGAAACUAAAGACACUGAAAUGCAACUACAGAUUUAUUAUUUACGGGUAGAAAAAAAAUCUGAUUGUUAAACGAGUAGUUAUUCGAACAAUCGUUAAGAAUUUUGGAUAAUAUAAGAAUUAAAGGUCUUUUGGGAAACUUUGAUAAUAAGUUUUUUUUUUGGUUUUUCGAAAGCCACAAUGUAGUGAUUUUUACAGCAAACGAUAAUUUUGGCCGAGAUGCAUAAUACGAGCGUUUUUCGCAACGAACUCGAUUACAUUAUUUGUUGUAUGUAAAUAUGUAAAAUGUUUAAAAAAAUAAUGUAAAAUUCAAUUUCAGUUAUUGGCGAUUCAUGAAUUUGGGCAAAUGUUUUCAAUUAGUAGAUAAAAUUAAUGAAAAUAUUGUUCUUUUUCAUUGUUUUUCUUUCGUCCACCAAUAAUUGUAAUUGAUGGACUGUAAGUCAUUAAACACGUGAAAUUCUCGUGUCAACGUUUACGCGUAUCUUGAAACAUCAUCGCAUCUUACGUUCGUUUAAUUCUACAAAAACUAUGUAUUUCGAUCGGCGUUUUUGGGCUUAUGACAAUCUUCCUUAUUAAUCAAUGAAUUAAACAAAAAAAUUGUUGUUUCCACUGUUUUCGAGUUGUGAAAAAUGUGAAAUAUGCAUUUGAUUAAAAAUUAUGUGAACAAAA